AUGGACCUUCCGAAUAGCAGAAACGCCAUCAACGACCCGAACCAAUGUAGGCUCUGCAUGCGAGUCUGUGACGACAACUUUCUGGAAUGCAUAUUUUCAGACAAAGAGUAUAGUAUAGCUCACCAAAUAUUUGAAUGCACCUCGAUACGCGUUACGAAGCAGGACAAUCUCACAAAGAUUUGCAAGAACUGUGCCUCAUUGCUUUUCAUGACCACAGAAUUCCGAAACGCUUGCUUCAAAACCAAUCGACUACUUAUGGAGGAUUUCGUUAUCCUGGAACUAGGCGAUUGGGCUUCAGAUAGCAAUCAGCUGUUGCUCAAGGAAUGUGAGAGCUUUAUAGUGCGACACAAACAGCAUGUCGAUUAUCUUUAUGCCAGUAUCGUCACCGAUAGCGAACAGUACCUGGAAGGGUCGUUGGAGAUUGGAACAGAACUUUUCGGAGGCGAUAGUCAACAGCCGUUGGAUAAGAAAAACAUUCCCGAAAAGAAUGUCCAAAGAAGCUCACCGGAGCCGCACGAGCGGCUAGAGCCUGGAGAGCCUGAUCCGGAAAUACUGAUGGAAAUCUCAAAAUUUUUGGAAGAACAGACACCAUGCCACGAAAGCGGGCCAGACUCCAGAGCCAUGCUUGAAAAUGACGAUACAAAACACGUGAUGCGAGGGAAUAGAUGCUGUGUGUGCUAUACUUUAGGUUGUGCCUCGAUUGAGCUAACAGAACAUCAGCAAGAUAUGCUUCAAGCAUGCAAGAUCGAUAAACCCAAUCCGCUUACAUGGCGGUCUUGUGAAGGCUGUUAUUUGCUGCUGGACGUGAUUGACAGUUUUCAAAAGACUAUUGCAAUCGCUCAGCGAUUGUCCAAAGAAGAACUUGGCUUCUGUGAUACACUCCCAAUCGAUAGUUUGAUAGCUUUGGAAAAGUCUUUGCUUGAAAAGCUUAAGCUAAAGCAGCAGACGUGCACUCAGUUGCCUUCCGACGAAUCACCCACGGACGGUAGCAAGGAGGAGUCAGCAAUUGUAAGUAAAAAAUCUUACAAACGUUCUAAGGUUACUUGUCACAUUUGUGGGAAACAGUACGACAAUUGGAAGCUACAAACGCAUCUUAAUGAGCACGAAAAUAUUCGUCCUUACGUAUGCGAUCACGAAGGAUGUAGCAGCACCUUUACCGGGCUGGUUCUCUUAAACCGCCACAAAAAGCUAUGGCACACAGACUACUUUUACGCCACAUGCGGCGUGUGUGGCAAGAAAUGCAAAACCCAAGGUAUUUACAAGACCCACAUAUCGUAUCACGAGGAACCGAAGCUGCCGUGUACGGUUUGUGGCAAGCUGAUGCGUAACAAGCGAGCUAUCUGGAAGCACAUGAAAACCCACAGUAACGACCGGAAGCACGUGUGCACGAUCUGCAACAAAAAGUUCACGAUAGCGUACACGUUGCGAGUGCAUAUGCGAAUCCACACCAACGACAAACCUUACCCUUGUGCCAAGUGUGAUAAGCGGUUUCAGUACAAAUGUCUGCUGAAAAACCAUCAGCAAAAGUAUCACAACGGAGACGACGCGAAAUAA